AUGCCCCGCAAGGAUUGCGAGCUGACUGCCCCCAAGGAACGGCUGCGCAGCCAUGCGCAGGCAUUUGACGGUCUGCUGUCUUUGAUCCCCGCCAAAUACUAUUAUGGCGAAGAAGAUACAAGUGAUCAAUGGCAACGCAAAAAGCAAACCAAAGAACAAGCACGCGAGGCCAAGCGGGCGAAGCUGAACCCCGAAGCCGCUAAGACCGCCAAAGACGUGAUGGAUGAAAACGCACGCAAGCGAAAGCGGGAGGACGGCACCCUCGAGUCCGACUCGUCCGACGGAGAGUUGGGCACAGAGACUCCUAAGGAAGGACUGCAACGCGGAACCACCAACAUCAAGAAGCAAAAGCAGGUCGAAAAGUCUGAUAAGCCAGACGCUGCCAAGACAGCAGAGGUUGAGGCACGGAAAAAGCAAAAGGAAGAAAAGAAGGCCCAGAAGAAGGCCGCCCAGAUGGAGAAAAAGAAGGCUAAGGAUGCUGCCCGGAAGGAGAAAUCUCAGCAGAGCAAAAAGCCAUCCACUACCCCAACUGAGGAUUCUGAAAAAUCUGCACCCAAGCCUAACGGCAAUGCAACCAAGGACACUGAAGCGUCCGAGGAUGAAGAGGAUGACGACCAAGAAGAUGACGGUGUUGUCGAGGAAGGCUUUUCUGUUGAGUUCAACGUUGAACAGGAAACCCCUUCUUCUGCCCCAUCUACCACCGACUCUCCUACCUUCGAUGCCUCAAAUCCCCAAUCCGGCACCUCCUCCACUUCCUCCAUCGUUCCUCCCUCCACCGAAGCCAAAUCCUCAGAGCCCAAACCUCUCAAGCACACACCCGAAGAGCUGAAGCAGCGUCUACAGAAGCGUCUGGAUGAGCUCCGGGCUAAGCGCCACGCCGAUGGACUCAACGGCAAGCCUGCACGCAACCGCCAAGAGCUGAUCGAAGCCCGCAGACAAAAGGCCGAGCAAAGAAAAGCACACAAGAAGGAAUUGCGUGAAAAGGCCAAGGUUGAGGAAGAAAAGAAGACCGAUGAGGCCAUGGCCCGCCGCUUCUCGCCUGGUGGCUCUGGAUCUCUUCUGGCAUCCCCCCGCUCCCCUGCCGAGUCCGUCAGCUCCGUUAGCAACAGCUUCUCCUUUGGCCGUGUGAUGUUCGCAGAUGGCCAGCAGACCGAUGCCACUGGAACCAGCGUGCGCGACAAGCCGAAGACCAGCGGUGCCCGCGACCCGGGUUCCCAGCUCAAGGCCGCCGAGGCUAAGAAAGCCCGCCUUGAAGGGAUGGACUCUACCAAGCGUGCCGAUAUUGAAGAAAAGGACAUGUGGUUGAAUGCCAAGAAGCGUGCUCACGGCGAGCGUGUCCGCGACGAUACCUCUCUGCUGAAGAAGGCCCUCAAGCGCAAGGAGACAGCGAAGAAGAAGUCCGAGCGCGAGUGGGGAGACCGCAUGGACGCCGUCGCCAAAUUCAAGGGCGAGCGCCAGAAUAAGCGCGAUGAGAACCUUCGCAAGCGUCGGGAGGAGAAGGGCACCAAGGGCGGCAAGAAGAAGUCCAGCAGCGGUGGAAAGAAGAAGGCUGCUCGUCCUGGAUUCGAGGGCAGCUUCAAGGGUGGUGGCAAGAAGAAAUAA